GUGUUUUGUUUGGCUACUUCUCUUAAUUAGAUCAAUAUGGAGUGAUACAAUGUGGUUGGACGGGCCGUUUGUUGUACUUUGAUUUGAAAGCAAAGAAAUGGCGGCACCAGAUGCUCCGUUUUCAUCAUUUAUGCCGUUUUUUAUGGAUUAUCACUCAUAAGUUUUUCCUAAUAGGUAAAAUGGUGAACGUGCCGAAAACCAGAAGGACUUUCUGUGACGGCAAGUGCAGGAAGCACACCAACCACAAAGUCACCCAGUACAAGAAGGGUAAGGAAUCCAAAUUCGCUCAAGGACGAAGACGUUACGAUCGCAAACAGGCAGGAUUCGGAGGUCAGACCAAGCCCAUUUUCAGAAAGAAGGCUAAGACCACCAAAAAGAUUGUGCUUCGUAUGGAGUGCACAGAGUGCAAACACAAGAAGCAACUCCCCAUCAAGAGAUGCAAACACUUUGAGUUGGGAGGACAGAAGAAGGCUCGUGGACAAGUCAUUCAAUUCUAA